AGUAUAAUGGCUGAUAUUGUAGCUCCAGUUGCUGUUCCUGCCGCUGCCUCUCCGGCUAAGGCACCGAAGAAGGCCAAAGCCUCCAAGGGAGACGCCAAGAAACCGAAGAAGCCAUCGACUCACCCUCCAGUGAACGACAUGGUUUUGGCCGCCAUCAAAACCCUGAAGGAACGUAACGGAUCUUCGCUGCAGGCCAUUAAGAAGUACAUCGCCGCCAACUACAAGUGCGACGUUGCAAAGUUGGCUCCGUUCCUCAAGAAGGCCCUGAAAUCGGGCGUCGAAAAGGGAAAGCUGGUCCAAACCAAGGGAACUGGUGCUUCGGGCUCGUUCAAGGUUAAGGCCGACGCUAAGAAACCAGCUGGCGAGAAAAAGGCGGCAAAGAAACCAAAGAAGGAGACCAAGGCUAAAAAGCCAGCUGGCGAGAAAAAGGUUGCCAAGAAACCAAAGGCCGCCGCUGCCAAGAAAACUGGCGAAAAGAAGGCUAAGGCCGCCCCGGCCAAAGCUGCCAAGAAGGCUGCUGGAGUGAAGAAGGCCGCUGCUCCCAAGCAGAAAGCCACCAAACCGUCGAAGACCGCAGCCAAGAAACCGAAAACCCCGAAGCCAAAGAAGGCCGCUCCGGCCAAGAAGGCCGCUCCGAAAAAAGCUGCUGCCAAAAAGUAAAUUUCGUACUGCACAUUACCCAGAGUCUGGUGUACUAUAACAAACAGUCCUUAUAAGGACUACAAAAAACGUACUUGAAGACACGAUUAGUAUUUUUCUUGCUCGAACU